GAUAAAGAGAUCAAAUGUCUUUUCCUUCGAAUGAGAAAUCCUUCAUCAACAUGUAUCGAUGAAUUUAUUAAAAGGAUUUUUGGAUAUUCACCAUGUUCAAAUGAAGGAAAAGAAAUUGAAACCAGAACAAAGAAGGCUCUGGGUGAUUUUCGUCACAAAUUAAAUCUAUCAGUUGUGGAACUUAUUGAUAAUUUUAAGAAAACUCGAGAAAGAAAAGGCAUAACUGUUACUUCAUUAUCAAAUGAAAAUAUAAAAAAAUUUAUUGAUGAAAAUGUGGUAUCAAAUCUCCUAAAGCGAUAUAUUUCAGGAACUAAUAAAUCUGAACUUAAAAGAUGUAGAUCAUUGGAGAAGUUGGUACAUUUAAUUCAUGAAAUGUUUAGAAUUCAUUGGAGAGGAAAAAACAUUGUCCAAGUUAAAAACUUGGAUAAUAUAACUAAAAAUAUGCAU